AUUGACAACUUAAAAAAUAUUGAACUUCAGAAAUAACAUUCCAAAAUUUUCAAAAUGUAAAUCAAAAUUUCCCAGACAUGGCGAGCGAUGCCAAGAAAAUGAGCGUUACAGCAUCGUACUCAAAGCGCACAUUAUCGUCCUCUGUAGCAGGCAGCACACUCUUCCAGUCGGAGUUGAUUUACUACACCGCAAAAACGCAGCAAACGAAAAAUUUUGUCAUCUCACCAAUCUCGCUACGCUCACUGCUUACCAUACUCAGCAUAGCAGUCAUACGCGAUCCCCAUGCCGAGAUACUCACUGUACUAGGCAUGAAGAGCACACACCAGGGAAUUCAAGAGUACAAAGGUUGCCGCAAUGCAAGCCGAGAUGACUUCACUUUCUCCCUACACAACAGCAUUUAUCUGGAUGUACGCUUCGAGAUCGAUUUGACCUUCAAAACCAUCUGCUUAGAGCAAUUCCAAACUCGACCGAUAAAUUUAACAUUCGAAAAUCGCGAAGACGUCGCACGUAAUGUGAACGAGUGGAUUGCCGAACAGACCGAACAACAGAUUAAAUCGCGCAUCACUAUUGACACGCUGGACGCUAUGCAACAUAAUUUAUUUGUGAACAUUGCACACUUUGAGAGUAAGUGGCGGAAGACUUUUCCCAAAAAAUUUCUCGCUAAAGGAGAUUUUUGGUUGACACGCACCGAGAAGAUCUCAAUCGAUAUGAUGCACGACUUUUGUGAGCUCCAAGUAGGAGAUUUCGACGAUUUGAAGGUCACAGCAAUGUUGAUUCCCUAUCGCAAUAUGGAUGUUAAACUAUUGAUCUUGCUGCCCAAAGAAAUAGAUGGGCUGGUAAAACUGGAGCAGGAACUCAAGGAUCAGCGCGUGGACUUAACUUCACUGAUGACAAUGAUGAAGGCGAAAAAUGUGAAGUUAGGGCUGCCACGGCUCAAACUCGAAACUAAUCUGUUAAUGAACGAAGUGCUGAUGGAGAUGGGCAUCAGAGCCAUAUUCAAAGAUUCUAUAGACUUCACCCGCCUGCUAGCCGUAUUCAAUGUUAUGAGAAUAUCGCAAAUUAGACACAUAUCAGCGAUUGAGUUCAAUGAAGAGGGCACUAGCGCUGCUGUCACCAAAGUGUCGUUUCUAUUGACGGAAAUGGAAAACUGCACCGUUAUAAACAUCGAUCGCCCAUUCUUCUUCGCUGUAUUGGACCUAGAGCGCAUUUACUUUGGCGGCCAUAUAACGAACACGAGUAAUUUUUUAACGUGAGGGCUAUAUGCAUUUACGAACUUACACAAAUGUUUACAAAUACAAAAAUAUAAAUUAUUUAUGUACGAAUACGUAUCUACUGGGAA